AUGAUGGAUUUCUCGGGGUGUCUCAACGACAACGCGUUCGGUCCCGCAGUCCAAGGAUGUCGAGGCGAUUUCGAUUUCACCAUUAUCUUCGAAAAGAUCUUUUUUACGAUCAUUCCCGCCGCCGUGUUUAUCGCCAUUUGCCUUCCACAAAUUGUAUAUCUCUCCCGUAAACCCGAAAUCACAGGAGGCGCUUUGUUAAGAAGCAUAAAAUGUGUUGCUAUUUGCACUUACGGUAUAAUUCAAUUGUCGCUACUUAUCUUAAGCGCCCUCAAGUCUCGGAACUUUAAGGCUUUGUUUGUGUCUUCCUCGGCGUUGACGUUUGUGUCUGCUAUUUGUAUGGGUGUAGUCUCUCACUUAGAGCACUCUCGUUCACCGCGACCGUCGAACCUGCUCAAUGUGUAUUUCUUCAUUACCAUCCUCCUAGACAUUGCUCAGAUCCGUACCCUCUGGUUGGCGUCAACAAACUACGACGAGAUAAUAUUCUCGCGUUUACAUACCACCUCUGUUGCUGUCAAAGCGCUCCUCUUGAUUCUUGAGUCGCUGCCCAAGUCGAGAUGGGUCCGCUGGAAUGCGAAAGAGCAUAGUCCCGAAGAGACUACCGGAUUAUUUGGUCUUGGGGCUUUUCUAUGGCUAAACAAACUGUUUCUGACUGGAUACAAGAAGGUCUUGACUCUUGACGACUUAUACCCACUUGAUCAAAGAAUGGCCUCAAAAGAUCUUCAGAUGAAACUUGCCGAGUGUGUUGACGCGUUAAGAAGCCCUAACCAAAAGUAUGGCCUUGCCAAAGCUCUCGCAGAGACUCUAGCAGUCCCACUAUUACUUCCAAUCGGCCCUCGUAUAGCCAUGACUGCUUUCCAAUUCUGCCAACCGUUGCUUAUCAACACAUUGUUGAACUAUCUCCAACAACCACCACAAGAUAGCUCGCCCAACGUCGGGUAUGGCCUCAUUGGCGCGACGAUCUUAAUCUAUCCUGGGAUCGCAGUAUCCUCUGCAAUAUAUUGGUACCUACAGGAACGUGCUAUGUACAUGGCUCGAGGUGCUCUCGCUAGUGCAGUCUACAAAAAGACAACGGAAGCCAAGAUCACUGCUGCGGAUGAUUCGGCUGCGCUAACUCUUAUGAGUGCAGAUGUUGAGCGAGUCAUCAGAGGCUGCCUACACAUUCACGAAUUUUGGGCAAACACGAUCCAAGUUGGCUUAUCGUGUUGGCUUCUUUCACGUCAAAUCGGCGUUUCAUCUAUUGCUCCCUUGGUUGUUGUUGGAUGUUGCGUCAUCUUAUCAACCAUCUUAGGGAGGGUCAUAGGCCCGCGACAAAAGGCAUGGAUGGAGAAAAUCCAAAAAAGGGUAGGGCUAACAGCAAAUAUCAUUGGACAAAUGAAGCACCUUAAGAUCUCUGGCCUCGCUACUCCAGUUGAGGAGUCCAUUCAAAAUAUGCGUUUAGACGAGCUAAAAUCUGGAUCCAAGUCCAGGAUGGUUAUCGUUUGGUCCGCUUUCAUCGGGUACAUACCACUUUGCAUUUCGCCUGUUGUGACGUUCGCAUUCGCGUCUCGAAAUCUUGACGUGACCACUAUCUUUACAUCAGUCUCAUACAUUAUCCUGUUAGCAACACCUCUAUCCCUCCUCUUUCAGAUAUUCCCCGGCUUUCUUAACGCCCUGGCCUGCUUAAGCAGGAUACAGAAGUUCAUAGAACAAGACGCCCGUCUCGACUUCCGCGAAUCUGUAUCAAAAUCGCCAAUUGGAGAUUUGAUGGGACGCGAAACUAUAAGGGGCGAGGGAUCUGCUGCAUCUUCACCCUUGAUAAAAAUAUCGGAAGGGAGUUUUGGAUGGAGCGCCGAUAGAUUGUCUCUCAAAAAUGUCGAUAUCGACAUCCCAAGCUCCCAGCUUACAAUUGUCGUCGGGCCUAUUGCAUCGGGGAAAUCCACUCUAUGCAAUACACUGUUAGGAGAGAUUCCCGUGGCGCAUGGACAACUAUCGAUGGGAUCCUGUUCUCGUAAAAUUGGUUACUGCGAUCAAAUACCAUAUUUAUCGAAUGCAACAAUACGAGAAAAUAUUGUGGGGUUCGAAGAUUUCGACCAAGUUCGAUAUAACGAGGUCAUUGAUGCUACUAUGCUACAACCCGAUCUAGCUCUCCUACCACUUGGCGACGAGACAAAGGUUGGGAGUAAUGGUAUCGCAUUAAGUGGCGGCCAGAAGCAACGAGUGUCUAUCGCCAGAGCUUUGUAUCUCGAUUCAACAUUCCUCGUAUUUGAUGAUAUUUUGAGCGGUCUCGACGCUAACACGGAGGAUCACGUUUACCGCAAGGUUUUUUCUUCUGAUGGACUUCUUCGCCGAAGGAACGUGACAGUCGUACUAUGUACCCAUUCAAUCAAACACUUACCAUUCGCAGAUCAUAUUAUUGCUCUCGGCUCGGAUGGAAGUUUAGUAGAACAAGGUUCAUUCCCCGAGUUGAUGGCAAAUGAAAGUUACGUUCAGAGCCUCGGGGUCAAAGAAUCAGACACUACUGGAACAAACGACGGUGUCCAGUCCAUAGCAGACGAACUAUCCAACACCCAAAAGGAACCAACACCAACCACCAUAGUCGUAGCCAACAGCAAGGAAUCUAACGUCUCGGAAGAGCAAGCCCGGAUGAUAGGCGAUAUCGCCGUUUACCGUCAUUACUUUUCACGAAUUGACAAUAUUAUCAUCGCAGCUCUUCUCUUAUUCGGUCUAGGUUGGGGCUUCUUCUCUAAUUUUACAACGAUCUGGCUGAAAUUCUGGUCCGAAGAUGUAACGUCCGCUCACCCAUUUCGGUCGAACCCGUUCUAUAUCGGUAUAUAUACGAUUUUACAAGCCCUAACGUUAGUUUCUCUCCUGCUCGUCUGUUUGACUUGCUUCAGGACCAUGAUCCAAGUUUCAGGUGCCAGACUACAUAAGGAAGCUCUAAAGACAGUUAUCAAUGCGCCCCUAAGUUUCUUCACUACCACCGACACUGGUGUCACAACGAAUCUUUUUUCACAGGACAUGACACUUAUUGACGGAGAGCUACCUCAAUCCUGUUUAAAUCUCAUAGUAUUGAGCUUUCAGUGUCUAGGGAUGGCUGCGGUCAUAGCCACCUCGUCGCCGUUCCUCGCGAUUACUUACCCCUUUUUAGUCGUAAUUAUUUACGGCAUCCAAAAGUUCUACCUCAGAACAUCUCGUCAAAUUCGACUUCUGGAUCUUGAAGCUAAAAGUCCCCUUUACUCGCAUUUCAUUGAUACAAUCAAAGGUAUCGCAACCUAUCGCGCUUUUGGUUGGGUUGCGAAUAGCAUUGACCUAAACAAUAACUACCUCGAUACCUCACAAAGGCCCGCGUACCUUCUAGCCAUGAUCCAACGCUGGCUUGGUUUCAUACUUCGGCUUGUUGUCGCAGCACUAGCACUCGUCGUGGUAACUCUCGCGACUCAGUCCCGUUUCAACACGGCAUUCACUGGCGCUAGUUUGGUUACUAUGAUGGAUUUCGGCGGCAUCCUUUCUUAUAUCGUGCAAACGUACACCCAAGUAGAGACAUCAAUUGGCGCCAUUAGUAGGCUGAAAAGUUUUAGCGAGAGGGUUCGGUCCGAGAGUCUGGAAGGGGAAGACAUUGUACCCCCACCAGAGUGGCCCAUCAAAGGAAAUAUCCAGAUUGAAAAUGUUUCCGCAUCCUACACGAAUGAUGACGAUGAUGCGACUUCUAAAGAGUUAGAUAACGGCAACGAUACUGAUGGCGGAAAGCAUAAGCACUUGGCGCUGAAAAACCUCGAAUUUACCAUAUCCCCUGGUGAAAAGGUCGCGAUCUGUGGUCGAAGUGGAAGUGGGAAAUCUUCUAUCAUACUCUUACUUCUUCGCCUCCUCGACCCCGCCGCAUCAUGCACCGGUAAAAUUACCAUUGACGAUAUUCCUCUCCACAAAAUCGAUCGUGCCACUCUUCGUCAGCGUAUCAUUGCGGUACCCCAAGAGCCUGUGUUCCUACCUGAUGGCACAUCUUUCCAAUCCAACUUAGAUCCCUUUGGGGCUUCAACUAAAGAUGAAUGUCGCGCGGUCCUUGAGACCGUAAGGCUUUGGAAAUUCGUCGAGGAACGCGGGGGCCUUGCAGCCGGCAUGUCUUCGGAUAUCCUAUCAGGAGGCCAGAAACAACUGUUUAAUCUAGCGCGUGCGAUUUUAAGGCGAAGGGUUAGAUCGAAACAAUUACAAGCAGAGUUUGGAGAGAAAAGCGUGGAGAUGGGUGGUAUCCUACUCCUAGAUGAGGUUAGUUCGAGUGUAGACCGCGACACGGACAGAGAAAUGGAAAGUAUCAUAAGGGAGGAGUUUAAACACUACACGAUUGUUAUGGUCAGCCAUAGAUUGGAUAUGGUACUUGGUUUCGACACGGUAGUCGUUUUGCACGAAGGGCGCAUUGUGAAAACAGCCCCCCCACGAAAGUUGAUAAAGAUGGACGCAAGGGGCAAUCAUAGUGUCGAUUACUAG